UUUUACAUUUGGAAGUUAUGUUUGGUAAAAAUCAGGUAUAAACAUCGUUUUUAUUUCUUUUAAGACCGAUAUAUUCACCUCCAAUUCAGCAGAAUAAUUUUUCUAAUUUUUAUUGCAAUUGAAAAUGGCGAUUGAGUCGAAUUCAGCCGCGUUUGAACUUGGGUAUUUGUCGUCCAAUUCGCCCAACUCAUCAUCAAGCAAAGCACAAAAUCAAAUCAACAAAACAGUGUUGAAACACAUGUCAGAUCGUCACCCAAAACAGACUCUUGAUACUCUGGAAGCCCUUCGACAAUGUGAAGAACUAUGCGAUGUUGUGAUAAAGGUUGGGUCGAAAACCAUCGCGGCACACAGAGUGGUAUUGGCUGCGUGUAGUCCUUAUUUCAGAGCAAUGUUUACAGGAGAAAUGGCUGAAAGUCGACAAAGCGAAAUUACUUUAUUAGACGUGGACGAAAGUGCUAUGGAAGUUCUUAUCAACUUUUCAUAUACUGCGACAAUAACUAUCAGAGAAGAUAACGUACAAGCUCUGCUACCGGCUGCUUGUUUGCUACAGUUAGGAGAAAUACAAGAGAUUUGUUGUGAAUUUUUGAAACGACAACUCGACCCUUCGAAUUGUCUUGGCAUUAGAGCAUUCGCUGAUACACAUUCUUGUCGAGAUUUAUUGCGAGUUGCCGACUUAUUUGCCCAACAUAACUUUCAGGAAGUGAUAGACAGUGAAGAGUUCUUGUUGUUGCCCGUUGAUCAACUGGUAGACAUACUUUCUAGCGAUGAACUUAAUGUGAAAUCAGAAGAACAAGUGUACUUUGCUGUAAUUGGAUGGAUGAAACAUAAUAUUAAUGAAAGGAGAGCAUAUCUUCCCCAAAUUCUUCAACAUGUUCGGCUCCCUCUUCUUGGACCUAAGUUUUUAGUUGGUGUAGUAGGGGCUGAUAUUCACGUAAAAAGUGAUGAAAGUUGUAGAGAUUUAGUUGAUGAAGCCAAAAAUUAUUUAUUGUUACCAGAACAACGUCUGUUGAUGCAGGGACCAAGAACUAGACCCAGAAAACCUACUAAAUGCACAGAGGUGAUAUUUGCAGUGGGUGGAUGGUGUAGUGGUGAUGCAAUAAGCAGUGUUGAGCGAUAUGAUCCACAAUCAGGAGAUUGGAAAAUGGUUGCAACUAUGAGUAAACGGCGUUGUGGAGUUGGUGUUGCAGUAUUAGAUAAUUUGUUAUAUGCAGUCGGUGGUCAUGAUGGUAGUAGUUACCUUAACAGUGUUGAACGAUAUGAUCCAAAGACAAAUCAAUGGAGUAGUGAUGUGACACCCACUAGUACAUGCCGGACUAGCGUUGGAGUUGCUGUUCUGGAUGGGUUUAUGUAUGCAGUUGGUGGUCAAGAUGGUGUAUCCUGUCUAAAUAUUGUAGAGAAGUAUGAUCCAACAGAAAACCGUUGGUCAAGGGUUACACCCAUGAGUACUAGGCGUCUAGGAGUAGGGGUAUCUGUACUUGACAUAUACUUAUAUGCUAUUGGUGGAUCAGAUGGUACAUCUCCAUUAAGUACUGUAGAAAGAUAUGACCCAAGUUCUAAUGUGUGGACUGCAGUUUGCUCUAUGGGUACUAGAAGAAAACACCUUGGGGCUGCUGUAUUUCAAGAUAAAUUAUAUGUUGUUGGAGGUAGAGAUGAUGCUACAGAACUCAGUAGUGCUGAAUCAUAUGACCCAAAAACAAACCAAUGGACACCUGUUGUAGCCAUGAACUCUAGACGGAGUGGGGUUGGACUGGCAGUAGUCAAUGGCCAGCUACUAGCAGUAGGAGGAUUUGAUGGAACAACAUAUCUUAAAACUAUAGAAAUUUUUGACUCUGUAUCAAAUCAGUGGAAAAUGUCUGGUGGAAUGAACUACCGUAGACUUGGUGGUGGAGUAGGGGUCGUCAAGUUAUCCCUUACUGAUACUGUUGGUUGCUAAGGUUACCAUCAGUACUAUCAUGGUAUAUAUGUAGAUUUCACAGUGAUUAUAUUGUGGUUAUGGACAUGCUUUGUCAUGGUAGAGUGAUUUUAUUUUACCAGUGAAACGAAAUUUCUCAAAAACCAUGGAAAUAAAAUAAUUAUUUCAUGUGUUAAGCAAUUUAACCACUCCUUUUGUCAAGAACUACUUCAUGGAAGCCAAAAAUAUAUUGAUCAAUAAUCAUGUACCAUUUAUUGCCACUAAAGUAUUUACUUAAAGUUAGGAACCCAUAAAAGGCUCUUAUAAUAUACAGUCAGUACUAUAUGUUUCCCACUCAUACAAAAACUGCUCUCUAUUGAAAAAACAUAUUUACAUGUAGCAAUAGUAAAAUUAUAGAGUGCAAACAAUUAAUCCGUGAAACACUAAUUACUAAAUAGUACAAAAUAGUGCUAAUUAAACAAUAGAAAACAAUGGAAUUUGCGUGCAAUUGUGCUAUAAUUUCCAUUCUGAAUUAAAGCAAAAAUAUAUUGUAAUUCUUUUGGUUUCCUCAGUUGCGUAGCACAAUCAAAUUAUUGGAGCAACAUGUUACUACAAGAUGACAAAUGUCAUACACAAGUACCAGAAAAAGUUUUACAAUUUGUGCUUAUUGUCAGGAUUACAUGUAUUUGUUUUCUUAUUAUGACAUAUUUCUGUGUGAACACUCGAACCAUAAACACUUCAAGGUUUUUUGAAUAUUUUUUGUAUCAUCCAAAAAGGGAUUUUUACUGAGGUUCCAACUUUUUUCAAGCAAUUCCAGAGUCUUGUGUUGUUGUUGCCAUUAAAGUUUUAUUUUAUAACAGC